UUUGCAUGCAGUUGCAAUAUAAUUGUUUGCAUCAGUGGACGUGUCUUUGUAAUUAUAUUAAAAUUAAGUGAGGUGCAUGAAGUUAUUGGAAUUUUCUUAAAUCGAGAUGGCGUUAAAGAUUUGUCUCCUUGGUGUACUUUUAUUUACAUCAUAUAGUGAUGCCUUGCGUUUGUUGGUAUUCUUCCCUAUGAACGCAAAAAGUCACAGUAUUUUGGGUCAUGGCGUCGUGGACAAUCUCUUAGCGGCAGGACACGAAGUUGUGCAUGUAACUUCAUUCCCAAAAGAGAAAACUGUACCAAAUUUAUUGGAGAUAAAUAUUUCUAAAGUAGGUGAUAGGAUAAUGAAAUCUCUUUACACACAAUCAGACGACCUUACAAUAAGAAAACUUGCGCAAACGAAAUUAGACCAUAUUAUUCUAAUGGAUUUAACUUACGAACUGAACAGACAAAUUAUCGAAGAUCCAAGCGUAAAAGAUUAUUUUGAAAACCCAAAACAUAAGUUUGACGGAGUCAUCAUGGAGUGGUUCUACUGCACAUUUAUUGCGGGUAUUGCACCAUUAUUCGAAGCACCACUGAUUUGGGUCGCUUCAACAGAAGCCCAUUGGCUAGUCCUAGAUUUGAUUGAUGGUCCAAGCAACCCAGCUUAUACUGUCGACCUCUUUUCGACUAAUUCUCUUCCUCUUAAUUUGUACCAAAGGACUGAAGAGCUGUACACAAUGAUUAAGAUAUAUUUAGUCUCCAGGUAUUACAUAACACCAAAAGAGAAAAAUAUCUAUGAGUCCUUAUUAACGUCAAUAGCUAGAAAACGAGGGGUAACUCUGCCUACCUUUGACGAGGCGGUUUACAACGCAUCCUUGAUGUUAAUUACUUCCCAUCCAUCUAUAGGGACUCCUUAUAAAUUGCCCCAAAACGCCAAAUAUGUUGCAGGAUAUCAUAUCAGUACUGAAGUUAAGCCGCUGCCACAGGACCUGAAAAAUGUAAUAGACAACGCUAAACAUGGAGUGAUAUACUUUAGUAUGGGUUCGCAUCUCAGGAGCUCUGAUAUGAGUAAGCAAAUGAAAAAUGAUUUACUCAAAAUGUUUGCAAAAUUAUAUGAAACAGUAAUAUGGAAAUUUGAAGAUGACCUAGAAAAUGUUCCUAAGAAUGUGCAUCUUGUAAAAUGGGCACCGCAACAGAGUAUCUUAGCUCAUCCAAACCUCAAAUUCUUCAUUACACACGGUGGCCAGCUAUCAACAACAGAAGCUAUUCACUUUGGGGUCCCAGUCAUUGGAAUUCCUAUUAUGGGUGAUCAAUAUGUAAACAUGAAUUCAGUUAGCAACAAGGGCUUUGGGAUCACUGUAAAGUGGUCUGAAAAUAGCAUCAUUUCUGAUUUAACGGCUGCGAUCAAAGAGAUAAAAACAAAUCCAAUGUACACGAAAAAAGCCAAAGAACUAUCAGAAAUAUACCACAACCGUCAAGUGACCCCAGGCAAGGACCUAGUCUACUGGGUGGAAUAUGUGAUUGCAACGGGAGGCGCACUCCAUUUGAGAUCACCAGGAAUAUCUUUACCCCUUUAUAAAAAGCUUUACUUGGAUUUAUUUGCGCUGAUUAUAAUAGUUGUAUACCUCUUAACAAAGAAACUCCGGCCUAUUAUUUGUAAGCGAUGUCGGCGUCGGCCUAUUAAGAAAGAAAAGACAAAAUAUAUGGCUUACAAAACAUUAUUUCUGUUAUUAAUAUACGCAAGUGUAUCCGUGGCUCAUCGAGUCCUGGUUUUCUUCCCGUUGCCUUCAAAAAGUCACAGUCUCCUUGGAUAUGCGAUUGUUGAUAAUCUUCUGGCUGCAGGGCAUGAAGUUGUCCAUAUAACGUCUUUUCCAAGAAAUCAAGUACGUAAUAAAAACUUUACCUUGGACAUCGAUGUUUCGGAAAUUGGUAUACGGCUGAAAUCUGCUUCACUAAAUGAUGAGGAUGGCUUUACCAUCAAGGACCUUGUAGGAAAAAAAAUAGAUCUUGUUUUCGUGAUGUCUUUUGUGUUUGAAGUUCAUAAACAAGUUCUUCAUAAUUCAAACGUUAAAGCGCUAUUUAGUGAUCCGAAGCAAAAGUUUGACGCUGUGAUAGUUGAAUGGGGCUACUCUAACUUUGUAGCUGGCAUUGCAUCCAUAUUUGAGAGUCCACUAAUCUGGUGUUCGACAACUGAAGCUUACUGGCAAUCACUGGAACUGAUUGAUGAAGUACCUUGCCCAGCGUACCACGUCGAUUUAUUUUCCCACAAUGAUACACCUUUUACCUUCUGGCAGAGGCUUGAAGAGCUCGCUGUUAUUAUUCAACGAAAGAUAUUGGCUAGCAUUUACGUGACACCAAAUGAAAAGAUUGCUUAUUACUCAAUAUUUUCGGCUUAUGCUGAAAAACGGGGAGUGACUCUGCCGUCAUAUGAAGACGCUAUCUAUAAUGGUUCCUUUAUGCUUAUAAAUUCGCACCCAACAGUUGGGACCGCAUUUAGAUUGCCGCAAAACGCCAAAUAUGUGGCCGGAUUUCACAUUAAACCUGAAGUUCAACCUUUACCCAAGGAUAUUCAAAAAAUUAUGGAUGAAGCUAAAAAUGGUGUGAUAUAUUUUAGCAUGGGUUCAAGUCUUAAAAGUAUUGGUAUGAGUCACAUUAUGCAGAGUUCUCUUAUAAAAAUGUUGGCCAAAUUAAAUGAAACGGUCAUUUGGAAAUUCGAAAGUGAUUUAAAUUUUAUUCAGGAAAAUGUACAUUUUGUAAAAUGGGCGCCACAACAUAGUAUUUUAGCGCACCCAAAUCUUAAAUUCUUCAUUACUCAUGGAGGACAGCUAUCAACAAUAGAAGCGCUGCAUUUUGGAGUACCAGUAAUUGGUAUUCCUGUUAUGGCAGACCAAGCACAAAACAUGCACUCUAUUAGAAGUAAAGGUUUUGGCAUCACAGUGGAUUUGACUGAAGAUAAUUUGGCCGCAGAGUUGCUUACAGCUAUUGAGGAGAUGAAUAGAAACUCAACAUACAAGAGAAGAGCUAAAGAGUUAUCAGCAAUUUACCACAAUCGACAACAGUCUCCUACGCAAGAGCUGGUGUACUGGAUAGAGUAUGUGAUUGACACGAGAGGUGCUCCUCAUUUAAGAUCACCAGCAUUAUUCAUACCAUUCUAUAGGAAACUGUAUCUAGAUCUUAUUGCUAUAAUCAUAGCAAUACAAAUAUUUUUCGUAGCAGCUAUUAAACUAAUGAUCUCUUUAGUCAAGAAAACAAAGAAAGAGAAGGUGGCGUAAGUUGUAAAAAAGUGUAUGAAAAUAGGGAUCGUACUGAAGUAAUAAACGUUUAUGGAAUUUUGCUGUUCUCUGUGCUAUUGUAAAUAAAGUGACUUG